UGUCAGACUCUGGAACCUCAACAACCUCUGAGGAGUUGAGACCGUGGAGUGGACUAAGGCAGUGGCCAUCACCACAGAGAGGUUCUUCAGAUAUGACUCCUACUAUCUUCCUGGUUAUCCUGUGCUUAGGAGUUGGGUCACGUGUUUCGGCACUUGAUCCCAGUUUGGAUGCUGAAUGGGAAGAGUGGAAGAUACUCUAUGAAAAAUCAUACAGCCUGGAGGAAGAAGCACUGAGGAGAACAGUAUGGGAAAAGAACAUGAAAAUGAUUAAACUUCACAAUGGGGAGAAUGGCCUGGGGAAAAAUGGCUACACCAUGAAAAUGAACGCCUUUGGUGACAUGACUGAUGAAGAAUUCGACAAAAUGGUCGUUGCUUUCCCAAUGCAAACUCACAAGAGGGGGAAAGGCAUCUGGAAACGAGCUCUUAGCGGUUUGCCCAAAUUUGUGGAUUGGCGAAAAGAAGGAUAUGUGACCCCUGUGCGGCACCAGGGCAAUUGCGGUUCUUGUUGGGCUUUUGCUGCAACUGGUGCCAUAGAAGGACAACUGUACAAAAAGACAGGCAAACUCAUUCCUCUGAGCGUGCAGAACCUAGUGGACUGUUCUAAACCUCAUGGCAACAAUGGCUGUGCAUGGGGUCACAUAUACGCUGCUUAUCGGUAUGUUUUGCACAAUGGAGGUGUGGAGGCUGAGGCAACCUACCCAUAUGAAAAAAAAGGAGGACCAUGCAGAUACAACCCUCAGAAUGUAGCUGCUAAAAUCAGAGAAUAUGUGGCCCUCCCAGAAGAUGAGGAUGUCCUAAUGGAUGCUGUAGCAAAUCAAGGGCCCAUUGCUGCUGGAAUGCAUGUGUAUAAGUCUUUUUCAUUCUACAAUGAAGAGACUGUUGAAAUAGUUCUACUGUUGGUGGCUGUGGUCACUCCCAGGUGUCCUGUGCAUUUCACAUCGGCUUCUGUUAUUUCCCAGGCAUUUAUCAUGAGCCAAACUGCAGCAGUAUUGCUGCGAAUCAUGGAAUUCUGGUGGUUGGCUAUGGAUUUGAGGGAAAUGAAACGGAUGGUAAUAACUACUGGCUGAUCAAGAACAGCUGGGGAAAAAGCUGGGGCAUGAACGGCUACAUGAAACUUGCCAAGGACAGGAACAACCACUGUGGAAUUGCUUCAUAUGCCCACUACCCUCUUGUGUGAGCAGCCUGAUACCCACGUGGAAGCAGUCAGCAGGAGACUGCAUUUCCAGAGAGGUUAAAUCCACUUCAAAGACCAGCCUUUGCUUAGUGUGUUAAACUGCUGAGUUUCUCAAGAUCCACACUGCAGUGUGAAUUCUGGGAGAUUUCAAGUAUUUGAAAUUAUAAGUUUUGUAACUGCCUCUAUCUAAUGAGUGCUUAUGAUUACUGCAGUAACUUUAUUUUUAAUUUUAAUGCUUGUGGAAAUAAAAUCAUUUAAAAAUUAAAAUUCAA